AGCUGUUGUAAAUUGGGUGCAGUACUCAGCCUUUGGAGUUCCACUGCGAAAGGCUAAUGCAACUGACAACCGAAAUUUUCAAACACCGCCGUGAAUUUGAGAGAGCACGUGGGUCUUUCGAUUUGCCUAAACUCAGUCAAGGUCAGAUACGCGAAGUUUAAGACACCAGGGGCGCUAUCUCCGCGGCAGGCGAUAAGAGUCGGAUCCCGAAUCCGCUGCAAGUGAUGGAGAAGCAAGCGGAUAAGUUUUCUUUCAUAUGGGUUAUUCACAAUUUCAGUAUGUGCCAUGAAGCCAAAGGCGAGUAUUUUUGCAGCCCAAGUUUUGUUCUGAACUUUUUACCUGACGUAGAAUGGUUAAUAAAGUUGUAUCCUCGAGGAGACUUCCGUGAAAAUUCCAUAGCCAUUUUCAUCACCCGAAAAGAUGACGCUCCUGAAAAAUAUAAAGUAAAAUAUUCUAUUGAAAUACUUGAUUGCAACGGAAAGAUUGUUUACCCUACUAUUAACAGCAUCUGCACGUUUACUCUUAAAGGUGGUUGGGGUGCUUCGACUUCUAUUGAAAGAAGUUCUUUUUGUCGCUUGUUAGUACAUGAUAUACUGGUCAUAAAGUUCUCUUUUGAAUCGAUCUGUGAGAUAAAAGAACAAGGAACUUUUAUUUCACUUUCUUACAAGAAUGGAUUGCACACAGACUUCAUAUUACGAGCUGGCAAGGCAAUUUUCAGUGUCCAUAGAGCUAUGCUAUGGGCGCGAUGGCCAAAACUGGCAGAAAAACUGAAUAUAGAAGGGACUUGCGAGCAAGUUUUGGAUAUUCCAUCGAAUGUACUGGAUGCCCUUAUUCAGUAUAUUUACACUGGGAAAAUAGAAUGCAAUGAAUCUAAAUUACCAUCGGAAGCAUACGCCGCUGCUGUGGAAUACGGACUUCCCAGUCUGUGUUUUAUGCCUGUCUUAAUCCAAAAAGCUCAAACCCGCAUCAGUACAGAGAAAGUAUCGUUUCAGUGGCCAAUAGCGAAUUUUCCCAACCUUCCGAAUAAUACAGUAUUACAUAGCCCUGUAUUCACUGUCGGUUUUCACCCUUCGGGUAUAUGGAAUUUAAUCUUUGAGAUGCGAGACGUGGUUUUUAGUAUUUCCAUUUGUUGCAGAAAUUAUGUAUUUGGAAAGCUGCCAUGUUUCGUAAGAAGUAAAAUAUCAUUCAACAAAACUGAUGAAAAUGAACUUUUUUCUGAAAAUGAACACCUCUUCCGAAGGGAUGAAAAAUGGGAAUGCGCAGAGUUUUCUCGUAGCUAUCCUUUAAUAUCAAAGAAUGCUGUGGUACUUAAAUGCGAAUUUAAGUUUUCGAAUUGUGAUUAUGCUUCUGAAAUUAUGGAAUCCUCGCGUGCUUUCCCCUCCUCUACGAAUUACAGUCAUUUCCAAAAAGAUCUUCGCAAUCUUUAUAGGAGUGGAAAGUUAGCCGAUGUUAAAAUUGUAGUUGAUUCGAAAACGUUCUCCGCGCACAAAUUUAUUCUGUGCGAACGAUCAUCCGUAUUUUCUAGAAUGUUUGAAACCAAAAUGAGGGAAUCAAAAAAUAGCAUUGUUGAGAUAUCUGAUAUGGAUUCUGAUGUAAUUGACGAAAUGCUUUUGUUCAUGUAUUCUGGGGACACAAGUAAACCAUUGGAAGAAACCGCUACACGACUGUACACAUUAGCCGACAAAUACGAUAUUCCAGCACUUAAAAAGAAAUGUUCUUCCUUUUUAAAAUCGAGUCUUACCAUUAGCAAUGUAUGCGAAGUUGCCCAGUUAGCUGAUUUGCAUUCUGAUGACGAUUUACGCGAAUGUUCAAUAGAAUUUAUUUGGUUGCAUGCAAAAGACGUUUUCGCAACCAAUGACUGGAGGGAGAUGUCCAAAGGAAACCUGUGUACAAACAUUUUAGAAAAAAUCAUACUUCAUAAAAAUCCUAACAAAUGAAGUGAAUAAAAUUUCACAGCAUGAUUAAUGAAUUUUACUCUUUUAAAAUAUAGUAGCGUUUAAUAAUAAUUUUGAAAAUAGAUUUCUGUUAAAUUUUGCUUUGUAAUAAUAGUGUGCCAGAUAAAAAUUAUCUUCUUGUCUAAUGCGUAAUUCAUAAACUUAAAAAACUUACAAAUGGAAAUAUAUUUGAGUUCGAGUGUAUGAAAUUUAUUAUCAUGGUUUUGGAUCAAUGCUGCAUUUAUUGAAUUGCCAAGUUUCAGAAAAUAAUCAGAAAUUCGAGUUUUAUGUUUUACCAUUUAUGUAUGUUUUAGCAUUAAAUACUUUAAUCUAGUUGCAAAAGUUUGUCUGGGUAUGUUAAGGCAGCAGUUUUUUUUCCAUAAAAUAAUUUAAUUGA